AUGAUGGGAAAGACCGAGCUGUACUCUCUGUAUAAGGGUUUCCUGGACUGUAUUUGCCUCUGCCUCUCUCGGAGCAGCUCCGAGCCUGAGGUCGACAGCGAGAGGGACACUGAGAACGGUCACCUGAUCUACAAGAGUGGGGACAUCCUGGAGGACAGAUAUGAGAUAGUCGACACCUUGGGUGAAGGGACUUUUGGGAAAGUCGUACAGUGUUUGGACUACAACAGGGGAGGAAGUCAAGUUGCUCUAAAGAUCAUUAAGAACCAGGAGAAAUACAGGGAAGCAGCCAACCUGGAGAUCAAUGUGCUGGAGAAGAUCAUCGAGAAAGAUCCACUCAACAAAAGACACUGUGUGCAGAUGCUGGACUGGUUUAACUACUACGGCCACGUGUGCAUCUCCUUCGAGUUGCUGUCUCUCAGCACGUUUGACUUCUUGAAAGCAAACAGCUUCCUGCCUUAUCCCAUUAAGCAGAUCCGACACAUGGCCCACCAGAUCUGCCACGCUGUCAGCUUUCUCCAUGACAACAAGCUGACUCACACCGACCUGAAGCCCGAGAACAUCCUCUUUGUCAACUCGGAGUUCUCUCUCAUCUACAACGCUGAGAAGAAGUGCAACGAGAGGAGAAUAAACGACACCACGGUGCGGCUCGUGGACUUUGGCAGCGCCACCUUUGACCACGAGCACCACUCUACCGUCAUCUCCACACGUCACUACCGAGCUCCGGAGGUCAUCCUGGAGCUCGGCUGGAGUCAACCGUGUGACGUGUGGAGCAUCGGCUGCAUCCUGUUCGAAUUCUACGAAGGCUUCACGCUGUUCCAGACACAUGACAAUAAGGAGCAUCUGGCCAUGAUGGAGAGAAUACAGGGACCAAUUCCUCAGAGGAUGAUCCAAGGGAGCAGGAAACAGAAGUACUUCAACCGAGGGCGUCUGGAUUGGAACGAGGGCUCCAAGGUCGGACGCUACGUGAACGCCAAGUGCAAACCAUUGAGGAAGUACUUGUUGUCACGUGGAGUCGAGCACCAGCAGUUUUUCAAUCUGCUGGAGACGAUGCUGGAGUACGAGCCCACAAAACGCACUUCUCUCUGUUCCGCUGGGCGCCAUCCCUUCCUCCUUCCCAUCACUGAGCCAGGACGGAGCCGGGUCUGGAGAAACAGCCUGGAUCUGAGCAGAUGA